GGAAUGCUUCAUUCCAUUAAAAAAACCUGAUUUUUUUAAUGAGGAAUUUCUGUUUUGAAAAUAAUUGCCUCUCUUCCUCCCCACCCCCACAGCUCCUCACUUCCAAUGAUUAGUGUUUUUAAGAAAAGGAGGAGAUGAGAGCUUUGAUAUUUGAUCUCUUGAGAGUUGGGAUUCUGAUCAGAAUAACCGAACAGUUGAAGCAAAUUUUUCAGAAGAUAAAAUAUGACUUCUAUGUGUACUCAGUUCUUAGUUUUAUUCUAUAUGCCUCCAUUCUUCUUCCCAGGAUUCUUUGCAGUUGGACGAGGAAAGCCAAGUAUUAUAAAAAGAAAUACAGUAUGUGGUACGUACUUAUUAAAGUUAUAUACGGCCCCUCUCCCAGAAGACUCUUGAUUUAAUGCAGGUUGUGCAAAUGUCGCAUAUGGGCAUUUCUAGAGAACAGAUUCCUUAUCGCUGAACAGUGAAUGGCUUCCGAUAUUCCAUGAUUGCUUCAGGAAAAUGUUUGUAGUGAUUACGAAAGGUAGGGUACCAUGAAAUCUGUAAGGUGAUUUGGCAGGAGAAGAGGCUGUUGGUGCCAGGAUUUGGUUACUAAACCACAGUUUCCUGUUUUUAAAUAUAUUAAUUGAUCCGCAAAGGGCAUCUUUUGGAAACAAGAAUUCAGACAGCCUGGCACAGGUUGGAGCUCCGCCAAGCCUGCUCGGGAAGGUUGCCAUACUGGGAGCAAAAGAGAGUGACAGAGAGAGAGAGAAAAAGAGAGAGAGGGAGAGGGAGAGAGAGAGAGAGAGAGAGAGAGAGAGAGAGAGAGAGAGAGAGAGAGAGAGAGAGAGAGAGAAGGAGAGGGAGAGGGAGAAAGAGAGAGAGGGGGAGAGAGAGAGGGAGAGAGAGCUGAGGAAAGAAAAAAAAAGGCAAGACUUGGCACAGCUCAGUCAAAUCAGCUUCUUUUGUCUGCUUUCUCGGCUUGAGCUUGAGGAAAGAAACCGUCCUGGGGCACAGAAAAACCCAGAACUUUUUGGUUUUCAAACUUAGAAGGCUUUUUAAGUCUCUUGGGCUAUUUAAAAAGUGGUGGUACAUACAAUGCCAGUCAGUCACCAGUAUUAAGGGAAAUAAGAGGCUUUUCAAAUGAAGCUUCCACAAUGUCCACACAUUUGGGAAAUGUUGCAUUUGGUUUUUGCAGGUAUGAUAACAUAGUAAGGGAGACAGGAUUAAUUUAGAAGAUGGCAAGUCAGAUUUCCAAAUUAAAGGGAGAAUCUUAAUUUUCGACAAAAAAGUUUGCUCAUCUACCCAAACCUGCUUUCAAAUCAAAUCAGGCAUCCUUCGGAAUGUAUUCAGAACUCAAACAUCAUGUCAAUGGAACUAGGACUGUCGAACCUUUCCCAGAGGGAACACAGAUGGCUCUAUUUGCAAUGGGAUGUUUCUGGGGAGCAGAGCGGAAAUUUUGGAACUUGGAGGGAGUGUAUUCAACUCAAGUUGGCUAUGCUGGAGGCUUUACUUCAAACCCAACUUAUAAAGAGGUCUGCUCAGAGAAAACUGGGCAUGCAGAAACUGUCCGAGUUGUGUACCAGCCAGAACACAUCAGUUUUGAGGAACUACUCAAGGUCUUCUGGGAGAAUCAUGACCCGACACAAGGAAUGCGUCAGGGUAAUGACUUUGGCACCCGAUACCGUUCUGCUAUCUUCCCAACUACUCCAGAACAGAACGAAGCGGCUCUUCAGUCUAAAGAGGCUUAUCAGAAGGUCCUCACAGAAAGUGGCUAUGGAACAAUCACAACUGAUAUCCAAGAAGGCCAACAAUUCUAUUACGCUGAAGAUUACCAUCAACAGUACUUGAGCAAGAAUCCCAAUGGAUACUGUGGCCUGGGAGGCACAGGAGUCUCCUGCCCCAUUGGCAUUAACAACUAAUUCAUGCCUGCGGGAUGGCAUUGAGCUUGCAUUUGCUAUGGCACUGCUAUAGGGUAAUUGACCAGAGGCAUAACUUUUAAGCUCUGACUCUGUUUUGGGGUCUCUAAACAAAUUAAAUACAGAGACACCCUGAAGCAAUGUGAAUAUCUCACAUGGAAAUUCUAUGAUUAUUGGAACCACACUUUCUGGUAGGGGAUACUAACUAAGGUAAUUAAGCCUAAAAUGUGGGCAGUUUCUAGCUUUCAGGAGAGGUGGGGUGUGUAGGGAAAGGGUGAUUGGAAGUUGUUUCUGGUGAAAAAAUCUUUACUAUUUCUCUGGCCUAGGCAAAUGCAUUCUCCCUUUCCUGUGCCUUCUGAUUUUUAAUCAUUUGUAGCCAUGAUGACGUGGUUACUGAAAUAUUUCUCUGAUAGAGCCAAUGGAGCUUUUAGUACCUGUUGCAGGCUUCCUCCUGGCGACAGAAAGAUGCAAGUUUGCUUUAUGGAUUAUGAUUGCUUUGCUUAUAGCAAUGAGAAAGGUAGCAAAUGUAUAAUCUAAUAAAAUCCGAGAGUCAAUAAAACCAA